CAAACAUUAGAUCUCCAUUUGACUCCUCUCGGCUCCUUCAGUAGUGAUCGCAAGAUGGCGGAGUGAGGACGUAGAGGUGGAGGCUGCCGGGCUUUUUCCUCGAUAAACACAAGGCGAUCACUGACUUACAUCGAGAAACCAAAGGGUGUGUGUGUGCGUGAGGGAAACCAGUGUGCUGUGUGUGUGAGUGCAUGUGUGCGUGUGCAGUGCUCCACCCUUUAGCGAAUUGCCGGUUUGGAAACGAAUUAGCCAUUGAGUGAAACUUCCCAAAUCGAAACACAGAUACCGGCCAGUGUGUGUGUGUUGCGGCAAGGCAAGGCGAGUGUUGUGCCAGCGACAGCUGGAGGAGGCCCUGCCCUGCCAGUCUCAGCACCGUGUGAAAAGAGACGGGAGAGGGGGAGUGAAGUGUUAGGUCAGACACCUCACAGGUGCAGUGUGAUGGUGCGUGAUGGUGUGUGAGGGCAGGCAUGUGCACCGCCCCUGACCUGGCCAGUCUGCGUGAGGGGCAGGGGCAGGGGGCGGCCAGGGAGCCCGUGUAGCUGACCGCUAGACCAUACCACUGCUACCGCUGCCCGUCACCGCCACUGCUGCCUCAUCGUGGUCCCCCUCCCCCCGGUGGCUCAGGGUUGAUGGUGAACAUUGUGGGUGUGCGCACGCUGGUCCCCCCGCUGUGGGUGGCCCCCCUCACUGAGGCCAAGAUGACAGCGCGUGCCAUACUCCAGUGCAGACCCAACUCACACCCCUUCCCGGAAAGAACUCUAGUCCUCGACCAACCUGUCAAGAUUGGUCGGUCAGGUGGGCCCGCGCCCGGCCCCGCCACCAACAAUGCCAUCUUCGACUGCAAGGUGCUCUCCAGGAACCAUGCCCUCCUGUGGUAUGAGAAUGGCAAGUUUUACCUGCAGGACACCAAGAGCAGCAAUGGCACCUUCGUCAACAACCAGCGGCUCAGCAAGGGCUCAGAGGAGUCGGCACCACGGGAAGUAUGCUCAGGGGAUAUUGUGCAGUUUGGCGUCGAUGUCAUGGAGAACUCUAGGAAAGUGACACACGGAUGUAUAGUAGCCACCUUAAAGCUGUACAUGCCUGAUGGACAGGAAGCCAAAGCCAGUCCAUCGACAGCAGUGGGAGGUGCUGUGUCCAGUGUGACUGCCCAGGAGCUGUACCAAUUGAGGACGUACCUGCAGGAGGCACAGCACAGGGAGCAGCAGAUAGAAACCAAGCUGGCUGCACUGCAGCGCCUUGUGUCUUCCACUCAGGAGGCUGCCACUCACAGCUGGAAGGCCAUGAUUGAUGAGGACCGGCUACUGCAGCGGUUAGAGACCCUGGAGGCACAACUCACCACAUAUGCCAAGAAUUACCCAGAGGACAGUGUGAGGGAGGAGAUGCGGAGGCUUCUGGACGAAAAGUGUCAGUAUGAAACCACUGCCAAAGAAUCCUUAAGAAGAGUUCUGCAGGAGAAACUUGACACUGCUGCAAAACUUGCUGAUUUAGAGAGAACACUGAGCACCUCUGAGGAUGAGUUGUCUCACAUGAAGGAGAUUUGCGAGUCUUCACAAAAAGAACUUGCUGACCUCUUAGAGAAGCAAGCGGCACAGAACGAACAAGUCAUCCAGCUAACAGAGAAACUUAAGGCUGCUGAGGACCAGCUCAAAGAUGCAGAGGAAAACUACGAGCAGGAAAAGAAGGAGAUGGUCAAUAAGAUUGUAGAGAAGUCUAGUGAGGAGAACAAGUUGAUGGCGAGGAUAGAGAGCAUAACGGCAGAGAACGACUUCACUAAGGAGCAGCUGAGUGCCCUUAAGGCCAAGUACGAAAAUAUUAAGAAUGGCGAGAUCAGUGGACUGUUGAAGCCCUUGAAAGACCCUGCAGGUUUAGACAUGUUGAGUAUAGAGUCGUCAGACAUGAAGCAAGCCUUGGAGACAACACAGAGGGAAAUCCACACACUAAAAGACCGCCUUCAGACAUCCCAAGAUGAACUGAGACAAGCAGAAGCCAAUGUAUCACAGCUGAAGCAUGAGGCUGAGCUGGCAGACAGUGUGGAGGCCGGCUGCCUCAGCACCCGGGCACGCCUCCAGGAGGAACUGUCUGACAACAAAGCCAAAUUGGCAGCAGACAAGGCACUGACAGAACACCUGCAGUCCCAGCUGGCAACACUUGAGGACCGCCUGAGGGAGUACCAGAUGAUUUCAGAGACACCUAAGCUUUAUGAUGACAUCUAUGAUGACAACACUCCUACGCUGGUCAGGAAGAAGAAGGUGACCUUUCCUACAGACCUUCCUAAAAACAAGGACAAGCUCAAUGAAGAUGAUGCCAAAGAUGACGAGUGUCCCAAUGACCUGGAUGACAGCGACUCUGACUCCACACUCACCAUCAUCCCCACCAAGAGUGACAAAUCCCUCACUAUCAUCCCCACAAAGGACUGCAAGGAUUUCAAUGUCAAUGGCAGUUUGGAGGGUAAGGAUGAGAAAGAAACUGAGAUUGCUCAAGAGUCACUAUUGUGUACCGACAUUCACAGAUUUCAAGAACUGCUUGAAGCAAGUCAGAGAUCUCAAGAGGCUGCUGAAAAGGAGGUAGAACGCAUCAGAGAGGACUUGGCCCAGGCCUCCACUGCUGCCAUCACUGCCUCACAUGAAGCCUCCAAUCUACGGCAGCAGCUGGCUGCAAGUGAGGCACUCAUGAGUGAGAAGGUGAAGACGGUCACCUCACUGCAGAGUCAAGUGAGUCGGUUGGAGGACUCAUCCCAGGAGGUCCACACGCAGCUCUCCAACCUCUCCGUGAGGCUGAGAGAGGAACAGCAGAAGGUUCAGGUGGCACAGGAAGAAACUCAGACACUUAGAAAUAAACUAAGUGAAGCUGAGGAGUUAGCCCAAUUAAGUGUACGAGAAGCAGAGUCUCUCAAGAAUAGGAUAAUGGGGCUGGAGGAAAGAUUAGAGUUCAGCCAAACCACUUCCACUCCACUCAUCCUGCCUCCACCAGCCUCACGCAGCGGCGGGAGCAACAGUCGGUCCUCACUGCAGGAGAGAACUUCGUCAGAGUCUAUAACUCCUCCAGCCUCCCUAGAUGCUGAACAUACCACCAAUCCAGUUGUUAAUGACACAGCCAUAUCUACCUCAAGAACAGCAGUGCAGGAUGUAGCUGGUGAAUCAGCCACGUGUAAUGCUGACAGGACCACACUUGCAACCAAAGAAGCUGAACUGACAGUGCUCAAAGAGUCCAUACAGAAGCUACAGGAAAAGCUUGUCCAGUCACAGCAGGAAUGUUCAGCAUUGCAGGAAAGAGAACACACUCUUCAACUGAAACUUGGGAAGGAAACCCAAAGUGAAGUAAAAGAUGAUGAGCCUGUGUCCUCGGAGAAGGUGACCAGCCUGAAGGAGGAGUUGCAAGCCCUGAAGGAGGAGAGGAACAGGCUGAGGGACAAACUUUGUCUGCUGGAUGAGGAUUACCAGGUUUUGACAGUACAAAAUAAAAUGGCUGUGGCGCUGAGCCUGGUGCCGCUGUGCAUUGUGCUGCUGGGUAUCAUCACCGCCUUCUAUGACACUAUCUCUGCUGUUACUGGCACGUCUGAGUUUCAUCCACCUUCCUAGAUUACACAGCAUCUGGAAAUUUGUUUUUUUAUAUAUUUUUAUGAUGUACUACUACUUGUUCUAGAAGAUGACGAUGUAUCAUUAUACUCCUGACUCGCCCACAAGUUUACACUUUCUAAAGUUUUAUUUAUGACGAGUACUAAAGUUUUUGUACUAUGUUGCCUUCCCAUUGCUGUUGUACACAUGCCUCCUGUUUCCGUUCCUUAGUUACUUGAGUUUGUAGAACCAACAAGUCCUGUAACACUGCAGUACCAACUCAUUAAACGUGGAAAUGCAACA